AUUCUGAAUGUUUAUUGGACAAAAAAGUUAUAAAUGCUCCUGCUAGAAUCCAAAUAAACUACUGCUACGUAACGACGUUCCGCUCCCAGAAUUCUUUAGGGAAGCGAAUGUGCGCGUCAAGGAUGCACCUGCAUUAUGACAACAGUGUCUUCGCUCAAGGUUUUCUUUAAAUUCCAAAUUCCUAGUCAUUCUUCGAUAAUGCUGCGAAACAGCGCAGAAGCAAGAAUGUGCAUAUUGUUCUAGAAUUUAGUCAUGGUACGACGUAGUAAGUGAACAUUCGAACCUAAUGCGAAAUGGAUGAAAAUAGAAUUCGUCUCGGUUGAAACAAAACAAAAGUGCUCUAAAUACUGCCACGGCCUCCUGUUCAAGUGCGCACACAAAAAUGGAUACGAAUUCGGUCAACAGUCGCCUCAGCGGACUGCUUGCUAUCACGAAUAACACGAUGGAAGCAAUACAAAAUUCUACAACGAUCGCUUCAAUGAUUCAGACAACGACGGAAGCGGCAGAUGAUCACAUGGAUCAGGCGACAAUCUCGAUGGACAAUUUGUAUCCAGCGCUUGUGCAAUGCUUUGCCAUCAUUAUUUGCGGGUACCUCGCUGGUCGACUGAACGUCAUCACCAACACCGAAGCCAAGGGACUGAACACAUUCGUCGGAACAUUCGCCCUUCCCUCGGUGAUAUUCCUGUCACUUGCCGAACUGAACUGGAGCAUCGUUAACUGGACCUUUUUACUUUCGAUUCUUAUCUCGAAAACGAUCGUAUUCCUGGCGGUGGGCAUCAUUUCUCUGCUGGUGGCCCGUCCCCUUAACUAUGGCCGCGCCGGAAUACUGGCGAUUUUCUGCACCCAAAGCAAUGACUUUGCCAUCGGGUUUCCCAUUGUCACGGCAUUGUACUCCAAACUCCAUCCGGAGUAUGCAUCAUACAUUUAUUUACUGGCGCCCAUCUCGCUGGCGAUUCUAAAUCCUAUCGGGUAUGUUCUGAUGGAGAUCUCGAAACUGAAAGCUGGAUGCGCUAAUCAGGGCUCGGAAACGCGUCGCUCAUCCAUCCCUCCAUGCCCGCAACUACCGGACUCCGACGCCUCCGGUCGCAAAUUGCUCAAAGGCAAUUGUCUAGUCGUAAUGAAGAUAAUUGAAUCUAUCUUCUUGAACCCUGUGCUACUGAUGACGGUACUGGGUGUGAUUGGUGGUCAAAUCUUCCGGGAUGGCCUGCCGGUCCUUCUCUCCAGCUUUCUUCGAGUUUUCGGCGAUUCCUUCUCCGCAACGGCACUGUUUCUGCUCGGAUUACGAAUGGUUGGGAAAGCUGCUACCCUCCAGGGGCCUGGAUUCAUUCUGCCGGGUAUUCUGAUUCUUGUGAAACUACUCGUUCUCCCGUUGGUAACGCGGCAAAUCGUAAACAUAAUGAACGCAGGGGCCAACUUUACCGAAACAACCGAUCUCAGCACAUUUGGCUUCCUCUACGGAACGUUUCCCGCUGCUCCCGGCGUGUUCGUGAUCGCAGCACAAUACAAUCAGGACGUUGAUCUGAUCGCCAGCAGCAUGGUGGCAUCGACUUUCAUCAGUGCACCCCUGAUGUUCAUAUCGGCUAAAAUGAUUACCAUCACGAAUCUGAAUCCAUCGGAUUAUCUGAACGAGUUCGACAAGUUUGCGUUCGACAUCAGCAUCGUCGCGAUAUGCUGCUCAGUUUGGAUGCUGCUGCUGUUUACCUUCACCAGGAAGGUGAAGAAAAUGCCUCAAAGAAUCACGAGCUGCCUCAUUAUAUCGCAGUUGAUAUGUAACAUUGGAGUACUGAUGUGGUCCACAUUCGAGCAAAACAGUGGAUGGAAAAUGUAUUUACAGUUCUACUUUUUCACCAUUGGAUGCUACAGCAGUAGGCUUUGGACUGCUUUUCUGGCGAUAACUAUACUGUUCCUGCAGUGUCGUAGCUUGUGUUUCGUUCUGAAACUGUGGCCUCUCUUUAUUGCAGUCGCAUGGGGCGUGCCUACACUGAUUGUGUCACUACUGUUUAUGCUUGACACAAAGAACAUCACACCCACAGAAAAACGCAAUCCAAGCUUUCAAUAUGGUAACGCCCAAGCAGCCAUUGCGGUAUUUCUGUUGGUGAUGUGCUUCAUCGUCACGGUCGGUUGUCUGAUUCUUCAUCAGCGUUUCAAGAAGCGACACGAGAAAUAUAUGAAUCUCUCGAGAGAAGUUUCUUCUCCGGACACCGACACCAGUACGGUUGGAUCAAGCUCGGUGACCAACUUGAUCCAGGAAGCAACGAACGGCCAUGGCUCUCUACACAGACGACGGCAGUCUAUAACCUCGAGCGAUGAUGAAAUCCUCAGGGCCAACAGUGGAACAGAAUGCGAGGGAACAAAUGCUGGCGGGUGUUGUUCUAGCGCAGGUGCGGCUAGGACUGUCGUAGACAUAGAAGAUUUGAGAAUCCAAAGGAGUAUCAGUAAUGACAUUGAAAGUGAGGACUUCAUCACAUCGAGUGGCAUGUGUUCGGCACAAUUCAACUGUCCUGCUGCCUCAAAGCAACAAUGUCAAUCACUGAUCGAACGCUAUCGCGAGCAUGCUCACGAUGGUUUGGAACCGCUGGAGUUCGACAAAACGGUCGACGAACAUCAAACGCUCAAACACACCGUUCUGCUGAUUCUUCUUCUCUGUUCAAUGUUUGUCGGGCUGGCUCUCUCCGUGUGGACACUAAUCAUGGAGGGCAUGUCAGGAAUCUAUGUGGAACUCACAUUCCUCGACGCUUUCCUCAACUUUGGACAAAGCAUCAUUGUGCUAGCGGUGUUUAUAACGGACACGGGGGAACUGCUGCUACCCCUGAUGAAGUUCUGGCGCAAGGUAUGGUACGGUGCAAAUAUUCUCCAACUGCCCAUCUGGAGUGAAAUUAGCGAAGAAACCCGACACACGUGCGAUCAAUUCAUUACCCAUCACUUAGAUAAUUGUAGGAAAGCGAUUGCUAAUGAUAAAAGGUGGCGCAUCAAAAUAUAUAGGAAAGUAUUCUACGGUAGCGCAUUCGUCGAUUGGCUAAUCGAAGUGGGACUGGCGAGGGACCGUUCGGACGCUACACAUUACGCGCGGCGACUGAUAGACGGGAGGAUACUGCGCCACAUCAACAACGUGCAUCACUUUCACGAUCGCAAUUUGCUGUACACGUUUUGUGAUAAAUUGUAAUUCUAAACAUUGACUCCUUCUCACGAGCGCCGCCCCCUUUUUCUUUGUCUCUAACAGUCGUACACUGUACUUGUUGGGGGUGGCGCUUAGAGGUCUAUCUCGCAGCAGCCAGUAUUUCUAGUAAUUUUUGUAGGAAUGAUCGCUUGGAAGUUUAACCGAUGAAGAUGGAACAAAUCUUGCAAAAUAAUCAAGAUUUUUAAAAGAUUUCUUAGCAAAGAAACUGUUACCAAAAGACGAUGAAAUUGAAAAUUAUGUGAUGAAUAGUUUUUGUAUGCAAAGAAGAGACCCGUUACAUUAGUUUUGUUUUUAAUUAGUUGAACUCUUUAAGGUAUUUAUUACUUUUAGUUGUUGUUGAGUGAGAGAUUAUAGUUUGUAUUUAAAAAAAGAUGGACUAGAUAGCAGAUGUAUAAUUCAAUCAUGUAUAUGAACAUUGAGUAUGAAGUAGCUUUUAAUAGUAAAGCUUGAUUGAAGGUUCUCACAAAAUAUCAAGUUUUUAGUCAGAAGAUAUAUUUUCUAUAAUAAUAAAUACCAUACAGUGCAGCCCCGAAA